AGGCCAACAUGAAACCCGACGAAUCCAGAAUGCAGGUUGCACUGGGAUCAGACACUUCUCUUCCGACGGACCAUGAUUUGAUGGAGACGGAAACAUAUACUGACUUUAUUGUCCCAACCAAAGUGAUCCCCCCAUUUUCAUGCAGCUUGAACUGUCUCAUCCUACUUGUUUUCUAUAGACUGAGGAGCCGACUACAAAGAGUGUCACCAUGAUAGAUCUGACAUUGGACGAUUCGCCCCCCAGUAUCACUAAACGCAGUAAGGACAAGCAACGCCAGAAUCCUGCUCACGUUUUCACUUUCGAUGCAGACCAACUUGUGUCACUGAAUUCUGAUGGUUCUAUUGCAAAGAAGUCCAUAAAGUCUCUGGACGUUUCCUCGAAGGUCCUUGCUACAAGUCUGCGAACUACAGAGGAAGCCGCGAACGAGUCGACCACGCCGAGCCCUACGGAUCCGCAGAACAGGCCCGCAGAAACUCGUAAUAGGACAGAAAAGCCCGUAGCCUCUCGGCAAGUUUCAGUUCGACAGCAGCAACCCGUUAGAACUUCCGACAGUAUUUUCAAUCUGGAUUGUGACCCUGCGAUGGUGCAUACGGCUGUUACGAAGCCGGAUGCGUCUCUCGACGUCUUGCCUUCUACUUUGCCUUCCUCCGCUAAAGGUCCUGCUUGUCUUAGCUCCCGUCUACACAACAAUGCUGGGAACGCUGAUCCAACAAACCGCACUGGUCGGCAAGAGACUCCUAUCUCCCUUUCAGAUCGAAAUCAGAGUCUCCUCGUAAAAGAAAACUCUUCAACUGGAACCAAGCAGAAAUUUGAUAUACCCUUGAGGACGAUUUCUUCUCGAGGUACGCCACUAUUCGACAAAACCAACUCCCUCGAAUUUUCUUUCCGCACCGAACAAUAUUCCCCCCCAAAUGUAAUUUCCAAAUCAUCCAAACACGGUAUGCUCUGUUGCCUGUCUAUACCGGCAGUCUGAUUACUUUUUAGCAGCCCGGCCUAUGUUUAACAUCGAAGAACUCGAAGAAUACGGCGAACAGCGUCACAGACGAUAUGAGAAAUAUCAUGACUACCGUAGCGGCCAUGUGGAUCACGAUAUCAUCCAAGUAGGUUAACCAAGCUACCUCUCCUCUUGUCAGCCUAGUGAUCCAUCAUCGUUGCAGAUC